CAGUACGUAAUCUUCUGACAAAUUCUCAGUAAUCCACACCAUACACUGUACGCUAUACACCCGUGUACUACUGAAUAUACAACAUCACCAGGAGAACAUGUUUGCUUCAAAGUUACAUGGCAAUCUCAAGACUGUCAGUAAGUUUGUUCAGUGUGGUUAUGCUGUGAGUGUACAGAGCCGGUUAGUCCAGUCAACCAGCGGAUCAAGGUCAUGUGUUACUAGUAAGGUGACUCAGACAUCAGCACAGUCCAGGCAGUCAGUUAGGUGGAGAUCAGAUCAGUCUGGUCGUCAAGCCACUACGGUACGUGAUGCCUAUGAUGCCAUUGAUUCAAUCUUUGAUAGCAUUGUGAAGUCACGCACUUUUCAACCCAGCUAUCUACUGUCACAAUGUUUUCUCAUUCAACGACAUGUUACUGAACUACGCUAUCCAAGCAAGGUUAGGGUUACCCUUCGGGCAUGCGCUCUUGUCAAUGAGGAGAACACUGAUGUGACAAAGCUUACAGAGUCUUUACUUAAUCAGCUAGCCAGCCUACCUCCUGAAAUCUGGCAAGAAGGCAAGAACCAACACAACCUGAGAUGGGCAGUGUACUGGGCCGCAGAGUGCCGAUGUUCAACUCCAGGAUUCACGAAGUUACUACAGCAGCAGCUUGAUGUCAUGUGCAUUGAGGAAUGUAGAGAUGUUGAUCAUUGUGCGCAUGCAUUGGUUAUGUUGAAUAUGCCUGAUCGUCACCUGGGCCAACACUUGAUGAAUCGCUACCUUACCAUCCAAAGUACAGGUGAUCCAAAGUAUCGUCAUACUGAAGUACUCUCACUACUUCUCUACUGUACACUGUGUGGUGUAGAGUGCAGUGCCUUGCUGGAGCUGAUCAGUGUUGAUCAACUUAUACAGAGUACCGAAUGCGAUUCUCGCCAUGUCCAACUGCUAUUUUUGCACAACACCCUUCCUGGUACUAACGACCAGCGGCUACAGAUAUUGGAAACAUGUUUGGUGCGGUUCCGAAAGGCUGUGGCAAGUCGGUAUUCAGGUCGAAUGCAUGAUAUGCUGUCAUACUUCAUUGGCUCAAAGUACACCACUGGCAUUUCUCUGGUUGAUGGUUUGCAAGUUCAAGCAUUCUGCAUAUUCAACCGAGACUAUGAACCAGUGGAGACUGACGCGUAUCCAGCUGAUGUAUACAACGGUGUAUCAGUAGAUAUGACAGCAGCCAGACGUCAUGGUUUCAGUGUUGUGGCAUGUAAGGGUGUGAGCGAUAUACGACUACUACGUCAUCCGGCUUGUGCACCUAACGUAUAUACCACUCUUGAGGCAUCGGCACUCAAAUCUCAAGGAUGCUAUAUUAUUCCGGUUGUACUCGAACAUGGCGCUCGGCACUCGCAGAGAAGCAGACACUUUAUCCCGGAUUUGCUGAUCAAUUAUCCGCAUCACAUUGGCGUGUUUAAAGACCUGUUGCCAGCCAAGCAGUGAUGAAUAUACACACUGAUGUCAUACUUAACACUAUGGUACCUCUGAACAGCAGAAUACUAUGCCGAAUACUAUGCCGAAUUGUGCAGGAAGUGUGUGAUAAUAUCAUGGGAGACUGGAAUAUGGUGUCCAUCUUGUGAUUUUUUAAAGUUAUUUUUUCUCCGAUUCCUUUCUUUUGCUGCUGACCAGAACACUGAGGAAGUUGGUGCUGCGUCUUGUUUCAUUCCACUCUAUUGGCUCAGUAACCGAGUAACUGAGUAACUGAGUAACUGAGUACAUUGGAUGUGAGAGGGUAAUGCUGCUAGUGCUAGUGCAGUAUGCAUGUUGAUUGUGUUUUUGAAAUCAAGGCAUUGUCGAAUUUUGUGUAUGUGUGGUACAUGGUGUAUGUGUGUAUGUAUGUGUGUGUGAUUACUUUACUUCCCAUUUCUUUUUUUCUGUUCUGAGUGCGUACAUAUUGUACGUUGAUAUUGUGAAUCCUCCACAUGUGUAUUUAGCUUCCAUUGUGCGUGAGUGUGUGUGCUUGUACAUCUACAUGUAUAUCCCAUGAAGUUCGUUUUUCUUUGUGUGGGCAUAUACGUUGAUAUUGUGAAUCCUCCACAUUUGUGUUGUUCCUUCCAUUGUCCAUACAACAUGUAGUACAUGUAGCGUCUGGAGUAGCCAGGAUCCUGAUUCUUGACUGAGCUAUGCAAAACACGUUAAAAAGGUGGUAGCGUCUGCCGUGAUCUGUGUGUGUAUGUGUGUAUGUAUGUAUGUAUGUGUGUG